CAUGCCCUCCACGCAAGAGGAGGCAGCCUUCAAGUGAAGCAAGUGUGGGGGACAAUGCAAGUUCUCCGACAGUCAUGGCUUGGCCAUCUGCUGAAACUUGAGGGCAUACCGGAUAUUUGACAUUCGCAAAGAAGUGUUUCUUGAAAAAAAAAAAAACUCUUAACAAGUUGCAAUCAAUUCAAACACUGAGUUUUCAUCCUACUAUUAUGAUUGAUUCUUAGCUCACUCAGUGACACAUUCCUGAGUAUUCACUUUACAAGUUUUCAUCCUAUUUUUGGCCUGGUUUUAAAUCACUGUUGUGAGUUUAACGUUGUCCAAGUUCAGGUCGGACCAGGCCUACAGGUAUCAUAGUGUCUUUUGAUAAUUAAAUGAUACAUUAAACAGCUUCCAACGUCUCUCUAAAUUCUUGAUGAGAGACCCUUCUUUCUCCCGUAAAUUGUGUCUCCUUUGUCUCCCUUUAUUCUGAUUUUUACCUUCUUUUUCUUUUGUUUUUAUUUAUUUUCUCUUCCUCCCUUUCUUUACUACGCAGAUUCUAUCUGAGUCUCUUUCCAUUUUUUUUCCUGACAUUUCUUUUUUAGCUUGUGUACAUGCCACAAAAACACACUUGCUACAGCAGGACAUUGAAAUCCCCUUCUUCAUCGGAUUGUAAUUUCAGUCUCUUAAAGGUUGGAAGUGAAUGCCAUUUUGACUAUGGGAUCACACACAUUCCAGAUCGUGUUUGGCCUUCCACCAAAGGGGAUGUGGAGAGUGAUGAAACACCUCCGUAUGUCUCGAGGCCUGCAGCUGCUCCACUUCAUAUGCCGUCAAGAAUAUCUUCUAUAAGAUUGUGUGAAAAGCAAUCUUUUUCUACAAACGAUGACGAUUCCAAGUUCCAAUCCUUUUGGGAAGUGAAUGUAAAUGAUGUUAUAAGAUGAUAUUGGUUACUUAUAUACAUGAUUAUACGUGUUAAGUUGAGGUUUAAUAUAGAAUGUUUAAGUUGAUGCAUAAGAUAGGCAAAUUUGGGUUGAAAUUGGUAUGAAUUUAGAAUUGGCUUAAAUGGUGUUUUAUUUGAUUGUUUUGAUAAUAUAUGUGAAGUACC